AUGAAACGCGGCUACAAGGACUACGUCUUCGAUCUCUCCGACGUGCUUGCCACCUGGCCCAAGGACCUCACCUGUCCCAUCGACCGCAAGGCGCUCCGCGCCUGCCUCGUCUCCCGCAACUGGUUCGAGCACGAGUCCGGCCACACCUCCCGCGCCGAGUGCUUCGCCGCGCUCGGCGCGCAGUUCAACACGGACCCCGCCGUGCUCGAGGCCGCGUGGGCGUACGUCACCGCCCAGCUCAAGCCGGACGCGGAGAUGCUCGCGCUCGUGCGCGAGCUCCGUGCGCACCCCGGCGUGCGCGUCUUCGGCGCGUUCAACGUCCCGCGCGAGGACUACGCCGCGUUCCGCGCCGCGGGCGGGGACGCGUGGGACGCGCUCGACGGGGUGUUCGCCUCGCACGAGCUCGGGAUCCGCAUGCCCCACCCUGGGUUCUUCCGGCGCGUGUUCGAGGACGCGAACGCGGGGCUCGCGGCGCGCGACACGGUGUACGUGGGCCACGACGCGGACGACGUCGUGACGGCGAAGUCGUUUGGCGCACACGGGAUCUUGCUUGCGGACUUCAAGGCGGCGCGGAGGGAGCUGCGGAACCUCGUCGGUGACCCCGUGAAGCGCGGGUGGGAGUACCUGCGCGCGAACGCUGGCAAGCUUGCGUGCGAUGCGGACAGGCCUGGGGUGUCCAUCAUGGAGAACUUCGGCCAGCUUCUGAUCUUGGAAGCGACUGGGGACAGGCGAGUGAGCUCAGAGUUGCUCUGCGUGCAUGUUUCUGACGACCGUCGCAGGAGUCUCGUCACGCUCAAGGAGCCCGAACGGUACUGGAACUACUUCCAAGGCAAGGGCAUCCUCACGCACGAGAACUUCCCCGACGACCUCGACACGACCUCGCUCGGCCUCGUCACCAUGAAGCCCCCAAAGGAGCACGUCCACUCCAUCAUGGACGAGAUGCUCACCCUCCUCAGCGACGACGGCCUCCCCUACACCUACUUCGACCGCGAGUGCCCGCGCCUCGACCCCGUCGUGGCCAUAAACGUCCUCCACCUCUUCUACACCCACGGCCGCGGGCACGAGCUCCCCGGCGCGCUCGCCUCCGUGCACCGCAUGCUCCUCCACCGCGCCUACUUCGACGGCACGCGCUACUACUUCCGCGAGUGCUUCCUCUUCUUCGUCGCGCGCCUGCUCGAGGCCGCGCCCGGGGACGCGCACCUCCAGGGCACCCUGCGCGAGCUGCUCGUGGACCGCGUGCGCGAGCUCGUCGGCGCGCCCGGGGACGCGAUCGCGCUCGCGUUCCGGGUCGUGACGUGCGCGAGCCUCGGGGUGCGGAACGAGAUGGACAUGCGCGCGCUGCUGCCGCUGCAGGAGGAGGACGGGGGGUGGGAGAUCGGCUGGAUAUACAGGUAUGGGAUCUCGGGGAUGAAGAUCGGGAGCAGGGGUACACGACGGCGAUGGCGAUCAAGGCGAUUGAGGACUUGGACAAACUGA